AAGCGGGACCAAGACUUCAUUGGCCCACCUAGCCGUCGCUUUUCUAACCUAAGUCAUUUAAUUGGCUAGUAACUUUGACGAGCCCCUAUGAGAGACAAUUUAAUAAGGUUAGCAAGCACUUCCUGGACGUCCUCAGGGAGCGACGGAAGUAGUCGCCCGAGGAGAAUAGGCGUGGCCCACUGUAUCCAAUCACCGGAGGGCCCUAUAGGAACAGGGCGGUGCCCACGCAAAGGACUGCCCAAUGAAAAUCACUAGCAUCCUACACAAGAGUAGUGUCGGGCCGAGUGGACGAUGGAGAAUUUCACCGCGCUGUUCGGAGCUCAAGCUGACCCACCACCGCCCCCAACAGCACUCAGCUUCGGACCAGGAAAGCCUCCACCCCCACCGCCUCCUCCUCCGGGCGGGGGACCCGGCACGGCGGCUCCCCCUACCGCAGCCACGGCUCCCCCAGGCGCAGACAAAUCAGCGGCGGGCUGUGGCCCCUUCUACCUAAUGAGGGAACUACCAGGUAGCACGGAGCUCACGGGCAGCACCAAUCUGAUCACACACUACAACCUAGAGCAGGCCUACAACAAGUUCUGCGGUAAGAAGGUCAAGGAGAAGCUGAGCAACUUCCUGCCGGACCUGCCAGGGAUGAUUGACCUGCCCGGUUCCCAUGACAACAGCAGCCUCCGCUCCCUCAUUGAGAAGCCCCCUAUCCUGGGUGGCUCCUUUAAUCCCAUCACAGGGACCAUGCUUUCCGGCUUCCGGCUCCACACUGGCCCGCUGCCGGAGCAGUGCCGCCUCAUGCACAUCCAGCCUCCCAAGAAGAACAAGCACAAGCACAAGCAGAGCCGCACCCAGGACCCGGUGCCCCCUGAAACACCGUCAGACUCAGAUCACAAGAAGAAGAAAAAGAAAAAAGAAGAAGACCCGGAACGCAAAAGGAAGAAGAAAGAGAAGAAGAAAAAGAAGAGCAGACACAGCCCCGACCACCCGGGCAUGGGCAGCUCCCAGGCCAGCAGCAGCAGCAGCCUCCGCUAGCAGGACAAGCCACCUGCCGGGGGGACGUGACGCUUCUUCCUGUUCAGCAGCCCUGGAGCUGGAGUGGGAACCCCGACCGGCCAGCGGGCCUGGGCGGGGGCAGGCUGUUUCUGCAAGCCUCGCCCAGCCACUUCCUGUUGGACUACUCUUCCUCACCCACAAGCAUUUUGUUUCCUUUUCUUUUCCUUUGUGCAAUUUGUCUGAUUCAGGACUUGUUAGGGUUUUUCACUAAAAAAAAGUUGAAUUAUCAAA